AUGAACCAAACCAUAUCACCUUUUGAGGUUUAUAUCAGAAUUCGGCCACUUUCAGAAACAGAGCAGAGCUUCCCAAGGGUAAAAUCAUCAAAAAUUGUGACAACAAACCAAGGCAGUAUAUCAAAUGAUCUUUGGCUACAAGAUCCAAGUUUUACAACUAAAAGGUAUGCUUUUGAUGGAGUUUUUAAUGAAGAUUGCAACAAUAAAGAAGUUUAUACUAUUUAAAAACACCGAAUGCUUAAUAAUUAUUGGUUAAUGCCUUAUUAAUAUUUAAGCGGCUAUUUUUUCUUUUAUUUAUUCUUCAAUUUUUUUAUAUGAUUUCGCUAUUGAAAAACUCAUUGAAAGCUUGUCAAAUGGCUAUAAUGCCACUUGCUUUGCAUAUGGAAACACAGGUGCUGGCAAAACACAUACAAUGUUCGGCCAUAUCACAUCUUUAAAAAACAAUGAGCGCGGGAUUGUUUUCCUUGCACUAGAAGGCUGCUUCAAAAGAUUUUCAAGCAUGUCAAAAGUUUGUCUCAAGGCUAGCUAUUUAGAAAUUUAUAAUGAAAAUGUGAAAGACCUGCUCAACCCUCAAGAUUCCAAAGGAUUAAUGAUAAUUGAAGAUCCCUCCAAAGGCAUUUUAGUCCCUGAACUAAGAGAAUUCGAGGUAGAAAACUUAGAGCAGCUUUAUGAUAUUGUGCUAGAAGGAAAUAAAAACCGAACUUUUGCCUCAACCAGCGCAAAUGAGCUAUCAACGAGAUCUCAUGCCAUUUUACAGUUAAAUAUAGAACAGUCCCAUAAAAAUGAAAUUAUUUCUUCUAGACUAUGCAUGAUUGAUUUAGCUGGAAGCGAAAGAGGAGCUUCAACUGAUAACAAAGGACAAAGAAUGGUAGAAGGCGCCAUGAUAAAUAAGUCUUUAUUAGCACUCGGGAACUGUAUUAAUAUUUUGAGCGACGAUAAGAAAAAAGGAAGAUAUGUCCCUUAUAGAGAUUCUAAACUAACAAGGCUACUUAAAGACUCUUUAGGCGGAAAUACCAGGACAACCAUGAUUGCUUGUAUAAUCCCUGCCGCAUUUGCAUAUGAAGACACCUAUCAUACUUUGAAAUACGCCCAAAGAGUCAAGCUUAUAAGCACAAAGGUAAGUAAAACCAUAAAAGAAGUUCAGUAUGACUAUAAAGAUAUUAUUAAUAGCUUAAGAUCAGAAAUAGAAACUUUGAAAAUCCAGCUUAAAAGGCAAGAAGACCAAAACAGCUAUCAAGAUUUAAGUAUUGAAGACGAAAAAGAUGAAGAAAAAUAUAAAAAUUUAUCAAGAUUACUGAGGACGAAUUUUGAAGAGCAUUGGGAGCUAAAACAAAGCAUAAAAGAAAUUGAAGCCCUUAAUGAGCAGAAUAGGACAAGGUUAAAGUAUUUGGUAGAAAGAAUUGAAGCAGAAAAUAAUGAUAAAGAAAUAUGUAUUUUUGAAGAUUUAAAAAAUGAGCUACAAUUAGUACAAGAAAAUAUAAGAGAAAACGAGGAAAACAGAAAUGAGCUAUUGCAGGCGAUGUAUGCAAAUAUGAAACAGAAACAGACGCUUCAAAAAGAAAUGGGAAAUGUUAAAGACAGCAAAAAACGAGAUCUUUUAGAAUUACAAAUUGCUGUUAGAACUUUAAAACUAGAAAAAUUAGAUUUACAUAUGCAGAAUCUAGAGCUGCAAAAAAAAGCUGAAGAGUCUGAAAAAAUCAGUGAAGAAAAAGACAAAAUUAUUCAAGAAAUGAAAAAAGAAAUAGAUAAUAUGAAACGGCGAAUAAAAUCGCGACAAAAUUCAUUGCUACCUCUACAAGAACUAGAAAUGAAUGAAGAAAACUUAAAACCUGAUAAUCUUUAUGACAGCUUAGGAGACACAAUAAGAGUAAUUCCUACAAAAUUGUCAAAUCCUUCACCUAAGGUUACAAAAUGGAAUGAAAUCAAAAUUUCCCAUCUUUCUGAAGCAAGGAAUUUAAGAAAAUCAGGAAGCAAAAAUUUAGAGACAACGUCAAAGGCCACUGCAUUUUUAGAGGAAUAUAAAACAGUAAAAGAUCAUGAAGUAUAUGAAGAAAUCAAUGAUUUGACUAAGGUAAGAUCAAGCUCUGUGUUGCCGAAAAAUAAAAUUAAUUAUCAAAAUAGUGAAGAGGAGAAAACACCGAGGUAUAAUGCAUUUGGAAAAAAUAAAAUUUCUACUAAAAAAGGAGCUUUUAGCCUAUUGUAUCCAUCAAUCCCUCGGUCUAUAUCUCUUGCAAGAUCUAAUAGCACAAAAACAAGGAAGCAGCCAUAUAGCUCACAAAGAGGAUAUAAGCCUUCUUUAGAAAGAGCAGUCAGCAGAGAAUACUCACCAUCACCAAAUAAAAAUGAUGAAAAUAAUCCUGCAAAGCUGCAGCAAAAUAUAAGAGAUGCGACAAGACAGCUGAUUCCAAACAAAACGACAAAUUUAAUCAGAAAACUGGUAAGCUCAAAAUUGAUCCCAAGAGCGAAAUAA